AUGGACAUGGAGCAAAAAGGUCCCAGCGGCCUUUUCACCGCAAAGGCGGACGGUGACAAGGUUUUGGAAGAAUCUAGUAGCAAAGAUGAGGGGCAGAUCCUCCAGAUGAUGGGCUAUGAGCAGCAGACUCUGCGAAACUACUCAGUCCUCGCCCUACUUGGCAUGGGAUUUGCAUUGACCAACUCCUGGUGGGCCAUCUCUUCGUCUAUGGUAGUCGGCCUCCCCAGUGGAGGAACAGUCGGUAUCGUGUAUGGGCUCAUCAUCCUCUUCCUCGCCUCCAUUUCCGUCGGCAUUACUUUGUCUGAGCUGGGCUCUGCCUACCCAAACGCGGGUGGUCAGUACUACUGGACCACGCAACUGGGACCUCCACGCACCAGGAGGCUUCUCGCCUAUCUGACCGGCCAUCUUAGUUGGUUCGGGGCCAUAUUCACUUCCGUAUCGGUCGCUCUCGCGGUCGGAGCCGGGAUCGUGGGUAUGGUCCAGUUCAACAAUCCGGACCUGGUCAUCGACCGCUGGAUGGUCUUCCUUACUGCCGAAUUGAUCAACAUCGUAGCGGCUGCCUUUAACAUCUACAGCAAAAUUCUCCCAACCGUGGCCACAGUCAGCCUUUACGUGACCCUGACAGGUUUUGUCGUCUCCUUUGUUACGGUUUUGGCAUCGUCGUCCCAUUACAACCAGCCGAAGUUUGUUUUCGCUCAGUUCAUCAACCAGACCGGAUGGUCCAAUGAUGCCAUUGCCUUCAUUGUCGGCCUGAUCAACCCGAGUUGGGCAUUUCCAUGCUUGGAUGCGGCGACCCAUCUGGCGGAAGAGGUUCACCACCCUGAGCGCGCGAUUCCCUUGGCCAUCAUGGGAACUGUGUGCAUUGGCUUCGUCACAUCAUUCUCCUACGUGAUUGCCAUGUUCUUCUGCACCACAGAUCUAGAUGCACUGUCAACCACGAGUACCGGGGUUCCCAUCCUGGAAUUGUUCUCCCAGGCAGUCAGCUCUCACGCCGGUGUCAUCGUGCUCCAAGUGUUGGUCACGAUGUCAGGCAUUGGGACGCUCAUUUCCAGCCAAACGUGGCAGUGCCGGAUCGCUUGGGCGUUUUCUCGCGACAAUGCUAUCCCAUGUCACGGCCUGUGGUCAAACGUUAACGAGACACUCCUGGUUCCCAUCAACGCUCAUAUCCUCAGUGUUUUGAUAACCGCCAUCCUGCUGUGUCUGUACAUGGCUUCUUUGACGGCCUUCAACUCCAUGGUCUCCGCUUGUGUCAUCUUUCUCUACUUAUCCUAUCUGAUCCCCACCCUAUGCCUUCUUAUCAAGGGUAGGUCCAAAUUGCCGAGGGGGCCCUUUUACCUAGGGACCGCGGGACUGGUCGCUAACUGGGUGACGAUUCUCUGGAUUGUAUUCACCACGGUCUUCUUCUCCUUCCCGUACGUGAUGCCUGCCGAAACAGACAACAUGAAUUACCUGUCCGUGGUCUUGGUGGCAUUCAUCGUCUUUGUCAUGGGAUAUUGGCUACUCUCAGCAAGGAAGAACUUCAAAAUUCACGUCAUGGAGUAA